CUCUUAAUGUGUUUGUGGUGGAGAAAGAAGGAUGGGAACCAUGAAGAACUCUUCCAAGUUCAGUCUACUGGAAAGCCAAGGCUGUGACUCAAGUAUUGCAAUUCCAGCUAAACUCAUUACAGCUACUGAGUGCUUCGAAAAGAAAGAACAAGCAUGGUUUGUGACUUCCAAAGUCCCAACAGAUCUGACAGUUCAAGUUGGAGACAUCACCUUUUAUGCCCACAAGCAUCCAUUGACUUCAAGAAGCGGCUAUAUCAAUAGACUCGAUCUGCAGUCGACUUCUAAAUCGAAUUUCGAUAAUGAUAUCAAGCUUAACAAUUUCCCUGGUGGAUCAGGGACAUUUGAGAUCAUUUUAAAAUUUUGCUAUGGUCUCCCCAUAGAUCUGACUCCAACAAAUGUAGCUCCACUAAGAUGUGCAUCAGAAUUCCUGGAGAUGACUGAAGAGUUUGAAGAUGGCAACCUCAUCUCCAAGACUGAGGCUUUCCUCACAUUCAUAGUCCUCUCUUCUUGGAAGAACUCCAUUACUGUCCUCAAAUCUUGUGAGUCUCUCUAUCCAUGGGCUGAGAACCUCCAAAUUAUCAGAAGGUGCUGUGACUCCAUUGCCUGGCAAGCCUCUAGAGACAAUUUGGCAAAUGGGGAAUUUACUGAUAAUGAAAGAUGGUGGUUUGAUGAAGUGUCAACCCUUCGCAUUGAUCAUUUUGUUAGGAUUAUAACUGCAACAAGAGCAAAAGGAGCAAAACCAGAAGUUAUCGGUGCAUGCAUUAUGUACUAUGGAGAGAAAUGGUUGUGUGGCAUGGGUUUAGGAUUAACAGACCAUGGUAAGGGAUCUGGAAGGCAUGAGCUGCAAUUGAGUAUUCUGAGUGGAAAGAGGCAAGAAGGAAGUCCAGGCUACAAUAAGGAGCAAAGGGUGUUAAUAGAGAGCUUAAUAAGCAUUCUUCCACCUGAGAAGGAAGCUGUCUCAUGUAAGUUCCUGUUACAGAUGCUAAAGAUGGCAACAGUAUAUUCAGCUACUCCAGCACUAGUAUCAGAGCUCGAGAAGAGGAUUGGAAUGGUGUUGGAGGAUGCCAAUGUGAAUGAUCUUUUGAUUCCAAACUACAGAGGUGGAGAUGAAGAGAAGCACUCACAAAGCCCUCAAUCUGGAGAAUGCACCAUGCACGACAUUGAGACAGUUCAAAGAAUUGUGGAGUACUUUUUGAUGCAUGAACAGCAAAGGCACCAACAAAAUUCUGAAAAUUCACAAGUUGGCAAGUUGUUAGACAAUUAUUUGGCAGAGAUUGCAAGAGACCCAAAUCUUACCAUCUCCAAAUUCCAAGUUCUUGCUGAAGCCUUGCCUCCAGGUGCACGAGCAUGUGAUGAUGGUCUUUACAGAGCCAUCGACACCUAUCUCAAGACUCAUCCUUCAACAAAUGAACAUGAUCGGCGGAGGUUGUGCAAAUUAAUGGACUGUGAGAAGCUGUCACUCGAUGCAUGCAUGCAUGCAGGACAAAAUGAUCGGUUGCCCCUCAGAACAAUCAUCCAGGUGUUGUUCUCAGAGCAAUUAAAGGUGAGGGCAGCAAUCCACGAAAAGAAGCCAGUUCCAGAUGAGAUCACUGAACAGGAGAAUCGUUGGUCAUCUGCAGAAAAGGAGAUUGAGAGCACCAAAGCAGAACUAGGAAUGGUCAAGACAAUGCUGCAAGAACUGCAAAAAGAUUACUCUGAACUGCAACAGGAACUUGAGAAGCUCAACAUCAAGCAAAAGAGUGCGUCUAGUUGGAGUUAUGGAUGGAAGAAGCUCAAGAGUUCCACUUUUUUCCAUGGGAAAAUAGACUCUGACACAACUAGAGAUGAGAAUCACAGUCAAACCCCAACUGGUAGCAAAGUAAGUCGCCAAAGAAGGCGAUCCAUCUCCUAAAGUCACCGACACCAUCUAUCCUACAAAAAUACAAACCCUGCAGAAAAUCAUAGACACCAUCAGAGUUUACUUCCUCUUCCCGGUUGAAGUUGGUUUCCUCCAAGACCUUGAAGCAAAUCCAUCAGACUCUGCAUAAAUCAUAUUGCCUAAAUAUUGGGUUUUUGUUAGUUCGCCUAAAUAUCAGGUUAUUGUUGGUAGUGUCUCAUGACAUUUUUAAUCCUUCAGACCUUGCAAGCUCAUUCAGUGUGUCAAUUUUUCCUUAAAUCAUCCUGCCUUCAUAUACUGUGGAACACCUUUUUCCUUAAGUAGGCCUACAGAGAAGAAAUAAGAGUUCAUCAACUUUCUUCAAUACAAAGUCAGCAUUUUCUAAAAGGUGAAAACAGACCCAUUGUCAACUGCGAACUUCCAGAAACAAUGCCAGAUAUUCUUGUCAUA